GAACGACAAGAAAGGGUUGAUUGCGCUCAUGGAACUACUAACACAUUCAAUCUUCACCGGAAACAUUGCAGUGUCAUGGCGGAAAACAAAACAAACAGUGGUACUUAUUGCCAGGCACAAUUUACGGUCUCUUUUUCGUAUAUACUUCGAAGGAUGUAGCCGACUGAUAUAAAGCAGGAUUCAGCAAGACAGGACCGGCAUUAUAAUGGAUAAACUUAGCAUUAUAUCCGGGGCUCUGUUUCUGGUAGCCGAUCUAUUUGCGAUAGCGAGUUUGUCAAUGCCAAUGUGGUUGGUGUCGGAUGUCGGAGGUUAUACAAGUAUUGGUCUACUCCAGACAUGCAUAGAGAUGUACUAUGAAAGUGAAAAUGAUAACAUGCGCUGUUUUACACCACAUCCGCUGAGGUUUGAGUGGGUGUUGACAUUCAUCCUCAUAGUUUUGGGUAUACUGUUUGUCAGUGCCACUGUUGUGCUACAUGCUGUCUCCUACUGGAAAGAGGCAGUAAUUAAAGUUGCACGAUGGCUCGGAUUUGUUGGAAUGUUACUUUUCUGCAAUGCUGCAAUAAUAUUCCCAGUGGCCUUUGAUAUGGCUCAGGUUGGAGGAAAGGCUUUCCACCUUCCAAACAAUUUCCAAGUUGGAAUCUCAUACAUAUUCUUUGUAUUAGCUUUAUGGAUAACUGUGAUAUCAGAACUGUUUGCUGGAAAAGUAUGUUUACCUAGAUUUUGAUAAAACGUGUACUUUUAUUGUAGAAAUAUUUGUAUCAGAACUGUUUGCACUUCUUUGAUUUCCUGCAUAGGAAGAAGUUCUAUAUAAUAUUGUCUCGUGAUAAUUUAUCUUCAGCUUACCAAUAGCCAUCAAGAACAUUGUGCAGGGUUUUGAGCUCUUUGUGGUCAUAAGUUAAUUCCAAGUGUACUUGUUUCUUAACUACAAAGGCCAGUGCCAAUUUAUACAAGGGACUAAUAUCAGUCACUUUUUGCUUAAUUGGCUUUUAUUGUGUGGCUGUCCGUAAUGGUAUCACAAUACUGGAAUCAGAGUUUGUCACAUCUUAACAGGUGCAUUUUAAAUGAAAAAGUUGAGUAUUACAAUAAUAUGAACAUUAUGAAGAGUUAAAUAUUGAUUUUUUUUAUUUAUCCAAUGAUUUUUAUUUCACUAAAUAUCAGUAUACCCAAGGUAAAGAUGUAUAUUUUAAAGAUUAUAAAUAGAUUUAUAAAAGGGGAUUUAUUUUGACUCUUGUAUUCCAAUUGCACAAAGAGUCUCAGAGAACGGUGCCCCCACACCUCUUUCUAUUAUGAAUAUAACCUUGCUUUUCAAAAUAUAGGUACGUGAUGUAUAUUUUAUAUGUAUAUUGGAUAUUGAUUUUGUUUUCAAUACCAUCAUGCUCUUGCAUGUGUAUAAUGGCACUGUAAGCAGGAGUAGUGAAAUACACUGCCACUUGAUUACUGUUGGGUGUCUAAGUACUUUUGAGUAUCAAAUUAUAAAUAUAAUUGGAUGCCUGCUAUUUUAUUUGCCUGAUAAAAGGUAGUUUAUGUUGUAACUUUUUUUGUACAUGGAGUAUUUGUCUACCUGAUUUUUUGCAAAAUGAGUAGUAGUUCUCAUUCCUAUUUUGUAAGAAAUGUUAUCAACUGUAAGAUGAACAAAUAGGCAUUUUAUCUUUUUUUUUUCAACAUGUGAUAAUUAUUUUUCUUUGAACAUUUAAUAU